AUGGACCUGAUCGUUCACCCGUGGAUCGACUCCGCAGCGGCAUCAAUUGGCAUCGGACACUGGUUAUCCGACUCCACAGUGACCACACAACCUGUGCGUUGCCAUUCGCAUAACGACUAUUUAAGGAAUGUGCCACUUUUGGACGCCAUUUCUGCAGGCUGCCCGAGUGUUGAAGCUGAUAUAUGGAAGGAGGAUGAUGACUUGUACGUGGCUCAUCGUCAUUUCCAACUGCAGGUCAAUCAUACCCUGGAAAGUAUGUAUUUCAAUCCAUUACUCGAAAUUUUCGACCGUCAAAGAGACAUAUUCUCAUGUGGACGAGAGAUGCCUUGCCAUUCCCUUUCGACUGCCAAUGAGCCUCCUGCUGGAGUUUUCGAGUCUGACCCGGACCGGCCACUAGUGGUCCUCAUCGAUUUCAAAACAGAAGGAAACACAACCUGGGAGAAGCUUCAGAGACAACUCGAGCCACUGCGACGCAGAAAUCUGCUCACGCAUUUCAACGGUACAGACCUUGUACCUGGCCCCGUGGUCAUUGUCGGCAUAGGAAAUACCCCUAAUGGCAUCCCUUGCGUCGUUUGGCAACCGACAAACUAA